AUGAAAAGUUACACCAUUACAGACAGAAAAUCUACAAAUAUACUUGGAAUGUUAUCAAUCCUUCUCUUUCUCUCUCUCUCUCAUUGCUUUCCUCAGUUGCUUAAUUUUUCUUCCAUUCUUUUGUACCAUGUUCUUUCUUUUCCAUUUUCCUCCUCUGUCUGUCCUUUUUCACUUUCCUAUCCCUGCUCUCUCCCUUCAAAUCUAUACCCUCUCUCUCUCUCUCUCUCUCUUUCUCUUUCUCUUUCUUUUCCUUGGUUGCUUAGUUUUUCUUCCACUCUUUUUUCCACAGUGUUCUUUCCUUUUAUUUUCUCCACUUUCUCACAGUUCUUUCACACUCUCCCCUCCCUGUACAUUUCCUUCAAAUUGUUCCCUAUUCUCUCUCUCAGGCAUAUUCUUUUUAUUUCUUUCUUUUCCUUUUUCUUUGUUAGCCUUAACCUCUGUUGGCAUUCUAUUUCCUUUACUUCUCAUUCUCUCCCUUUUUUUUUCUCCUUUCACUUUCUUUGCAUCAUUAUUCAUCAUUUUCAUUUUUGGCUAAUCUUCAUCUUCUUCUUAAUAAUUAAUUCUUCAUUUCUCCCUCCUCCAUUCUCUUUGUGCUCUUUUCUUUUUAUUGCCAUUUUUCUUCAUCACUUUUCUUUCUUUUCUCUCUUUUCUUCUUACUUCCCUGUCUUUUUUUUUUAUCUUUACUCUUUCUGA